CGUUUCUUAGACGUUUCCUUAACAAAUCAUUGUCACUUUACAUACCUCGACAUUCCGAACACUCCACUCCACUUAAUCCGCUAACCGUAGAAGCUUGGUCUUCAUCUUUCCUCGCUAGUUAUCUAUUCCAUUUGGCUUGGUCGCCUGUCAUCUAGCCUACGUCAGCGUCAGCAUCGCCGUGUAGCCGCAAGAGAAGGGUCGUCAGCCCUUGACAAUGCAAUGGCGACUUUCAACUCCAUGCCGGCGCUACAGUCAGGUGCCAGUCCCGGGGACGCCAUGGGAUUAAACGUCAUGUCCGGCUCCAGCCUAGGUAUCGACCCUUUCGAUCCUGAUAUGAAUUUUGACGAGUCUAUGCUAGAGAACGUCAAUAGCGGUUUACCUCCUUUGCCCUUCACCCCUUCUUACGACUUCGAAACCUUUUCCACCACCUUCGAAGAUCCCUUCAACUACUCUAAACCCUACGAAGCUGCGCCGCAUCACGAUGAAUUUCACGAUGAAGGAUCGUCCCCGCAACAGCCAGACGACAAGCUUCUUAGCUUCUCAACCACCGCCGUGAAGGCUACCCCCUUAGAUGACGCGUUAGGUACAUAUUCCGAAAUUGGCAUGUCAGCUGAGCUGUAUGGCAUGUUCUUCGUUGCCGAGGAUGUAUUUGGCGGCGAACCAACUGGUCGGCCCUUGGAGCUGACAUGCUAUCGACGGAAUCUAUGGCAAUGCUCCGGUCAGGUAAUCAUACCGCGGCAUUGUACCCAGGUCAUGAAUGAGCAAGGUCGUGCUAUACCUAUAAUAGAAUUCUACGCCUCGAUAUCCGCCAAAGAGAGUAUCGAAGGCAAAUCCACCGAGAUUAUCUCUAUCCCAUGGAAAAGUAGUAAUCCGAUUCUGGGAGAAGGGCAAGAAACCAAAGUGGCUAGUGCUCCACCAAAAAUAGCUCUUGAUCUUGGUGGCGGCCAGGAGGUCGAUGGGCACCGAGUAAGCAUACCGGUUUCGUGGAAGCGGUUGCAGUUCAAAAGUGCCACUGCAAACAAUGGCCGGCGGAAAGGACUUCAGCAGCAUUACGUUGUGCAGAUCAGCCUACUGGGUAAGAUGAAGACGGGGGGCGAUUUUAUGAAGAUUGCCGAAAUUCAAAGCGGUCCCGUAAUCGUGCGUGGUAGAAGUCCUCGCAACUUCGAUAGCAGAAAGGAUGUCCCUCUGACAGGCGACAAGAAGGCUCCCAGUAACGUAGAACGAUCCCGAACGCAUAGCGAUGGAAGCGUGGCUCCGAACAUGAAGAUGGAGCGAUCCGACUCUUCACAAAACUUACACCCCUUCUCAUCCUCGUCACUAAAUAAUACCACGCCCGUAUCAUCUUGGACAACGCCCUCCACACCAGCAUAUGCUGGGCAAUCGAAUGCCCAAGCCCAUCCAGCGAAGAAGAUAGCACUCUCACCGAAUAUAAGUCGACCGCCUGUGCCAUCUUGGGGGAAAGAAUCCAUGAACAAGACACACUCACUAAGCAAUCACGCGAAAAACUCUUCACCAAGCCCCUCCGUACCAAUCAGCCUAUCCCUAUCAGAGGACGAACGGAGUCCGAAUAAUCGUUCCAACACGGACUCCCUCACUAGUCCGAGGUUACAUCGGACAUCCACGAGCCACGGCGUAGGUGGCAGCCCAAUAGAGGAGGAGGAGGAAUUAUACGAAUACUUUCCAUUGAGUGUUGAUGAUUGGACACCUCUCGUGGACACCGUAUAUCGACCGCACAUCGUCCAUCAUAUCGCUGUUCCCCAGGAGAUAAAAGCGCAACAGAUUAGGAAUAAAUCUAAGAGAUAUUUCUCGGCAGAAUAAAGACACGUUCAUGCUCUUCCCCUUUCCUAGAAGAGGCAUAAAAAUAUAUGUAGCCCUAGAGGUCAUGUAAAGGAGAUCAUCUUAGCGAUCCUCAGUUUUAGAGGGGCAAAGAUGUUGGAAUAUCAAACAAAGCGCUGGCAGACAAUGACGACGACAAUGACACAGCCCAGGCAUCAAUUAUUUGGGGGAUUGGUCGGGGAUGUUUGUAUUAUGAACAACAUAAGUUCUUUCUUGGAGUAUCUACUUGACCUCAAAUAACUCUUAUGUAUGUAGUAUAUACCUAGCGGAGGUUUAGGGGUAUCGCCCAAGUUGUGCCUCUUUAUUUUUUCGCACUUUGAUUCUUUUUCUCGGAACCCGAGCGAGCCUUUAUCUUCCAAUAUACCCACUCCCUGAUAGCAAU